AUGUGGGACUCCAAGCUCUGCCUUUCCUUUCUCCUUAUCACGCUAGCCUCAAGCUUGAACCAGAGGUACAAACCCUACCACAUAUAUGAAUACCUGUACAAAGCUGAGUCUUUGAAUUCUAUCAAUGGUGCAUCACAUCUCAAGAAUGGACCUAUGGCCACUUGCAAGGUUGAAAUCGAAGUGCCUCAGACUUGUAGUUUCAUCGUCCGCACCACUGGUUGUAGCUUGAGUGAAGUGGUUGACAUGGAUGCAGAGGGCAACCCUGUGUUCAGUCCCACGUCCAGCUCUCACAACUUUGCUACUGAAAUGGAGAGAUAUCCUCUGAAGUUUGUGGUUGAGGGUGUAUAUGAUGUGAGAGUGUAUCCUGAAGAUGGUGAGACAACAACCAUUCUGAAUGUCAAGAGAGGCAUUAUCUCUGCCCUGGCUGUUCCUCUGGUCGAAGAAGACAAGAACAAGAAAAUGCCCACUAUCCACGGCAUGUGCAAGACAGAUUCCUCCAUCACCUCUACAGAGGACAGCACAACUGGCAUUAGCCUCACUAGGGAUCUGUCCACUUGUGACAAAUUUGUCCCGAUGAGAGAUCACACCAGUCCUCUAGCACUUAUCUCUGGCAUGCACUACCCUCUUGCUCAGUUGGUCAGAAGCUCCCAGACAUGUAAUUACAACUUUGACAGUGAGAAGAAACACAUGACCUCUGGGUCCUGCACUGAGAACCACAUCCUCAUUCCCUUCUCACACAAGGGAGAAUAUGGAGUUACUAACGUUGGAAAGCAAGAACUGACUCUGGUUCAGGUUUCUCCUCACAAUGACAGAGUUUUCGAGCACAGUGGCAUCGUCAAGGGUCUUCACAUGGAAGCUGUCCAGGACAAGAGUGCUGUCCAGGAUAAAGAUGCAGGUCUGAACCUCCUGAGAGAACUGACCAAUCUGCCCGAGGCCGAGGGUGAGAGGAGGGCCCAUCUCUUCCACAAGCUUGUCACCAUGGUCCGUGGAAUGAAGGCCGAGACCCUGAGUCCCGCCAUUCCAGAGGCUCUUGAAGUGUCUCGUGUCCUGACCUACCAGGUUCUGGCCCAGUGUGGAACCCCUGAGUGCAGCAGUGGCAUCAUGCAGAUCCUCAGGACCUUCGACAGCUCUGCAGUCGAGGUUGAUGCUGCUGUGUUUGCUCUGGGACUCGUGUCCAAUCCCUCUGCCCUCCUGAUCAAUGACAUGCUCGAGAUGGCCAAACACAAGACCAGCAAGCCCAUCCUGUAUGCCCUGAGCAAUAUCGUCAAGAGGUUCUACAAGGCUGAAGGAAAUCUGAUCCCUGAGAUUUACUCUGUGGCUGAGUUUAUGGCUUCUCAGCUGGGCGACUGCUCCGGUGACCAGGAGACCACUUUCAUGUUAUUGAGAGUUAUUGGAAAUAUGGCUCCAGCUAUGUCCGCUGCUAGUCCUGCACUGAGAGCGGCUGUGAUGCAGUGUGUGAACCAGCCUGAGGCUUCUCUGGCUGUGCAGCAGGCUGCCAUCCAAGCGUUCAGGCUGAUUCCCGUCCCUGAGGAGGGUAGAGAGAUUCUCAUGCAGGUCGUUCUGGACGGUACCAGCCCCAUGCAAAAGCGUGUGGCUGCAUAUCUGGUACUUAUGAAGAACCCGGAGCCAAGUGAACUGGCUCAGCUGGCGGAUGCUCUGCCCCUUGAGCAAGACCAACAAGUCAAGAGCUUUGUCAUCUCCCACAUCACUAACAUCUUAUCCACAACUGAGCCUGAGACUAAAGAACUGAGACAGAUGAUCCGUGAUGCCCUGCAGGGUAAUGAGAUUGGAGCCACUAUGGACCCCACCAAGUUCUCUCGCAACUACAAGUUGGGAUCUGUGGAGGGAAACAUGAUCUUUGAGGGUACCAGCUAUCUGCCCAAGGAAGUCAUGCUUGAGAUGACUCUCAAGGCCUUUGGCUAUGAAAUGGACAUGAUGGAGAUUGGAAUGGAGAGCAAAGGUUUUGAGCCAACUGCUGAAGCCCUGUUUGGAGAUAAUGGAUUCUUUCCUGACACUGCCAUGAAAAUAAUGUACUUUGUCUCUGACAACAUGCCAUUGAGAGUCAGUGAGAAUCUGUUAAACAUGCUGCCAAACCUACAGAAGGACAGAAUGAAGAGACAGGCCUCUCUGAACCUGAUGAGGGAGAUCGGAAGCAACCUGAACAAAAUGGUGGGAGAACUGAAGUCUGCUCAGUCUCCUGAGGCCAUGGUUUACAUGAGACUUCUGGGAAAUGAGCUUGGAUAUCUGAAGACCAAGGAAAUUCAGGAGAUGGCCUACUCUUCUGCAAUGAUGAUCGACAGCAUGAUGAAGAUGUUCCCUGGUGAUCUAAUGAAGGCUUUGAUGACCAAGACUGACAAUACAAUCUUUGCCCACUACAUCUUCAUGGACAAUGAAUUCUUCCUGCCCACUUUAACUGGUGUGCCUCUAAGGAUUGCACUGUCUGGUACUUUCACCCCUGGUAUCAAGGGUGGACUUCACAUUGCUCGUGACAUGAAUGAAGUUGCAUUCAUGCCCUCUGCUGGCAUUGAGUUUGUAACUCAGGUUGGAUCCCACAUCCCUGAAUAUGUCGACUCUGGAUUAGAGAUGCACACCAACAUUUUCCACGAGAGUGGACUCAGUGCCAAGAUCUCCAUGGGACAUGAGGGACUCAAACUGACCAUCCCCGCUCCAGUGAAUCCUACAAAGCUCAUCAAAAUGACAAACACCCUGGUGGCAGUGACUGGAUCAGAGGUGAUGACCAUCCCCCCAACAGUGAUGGACAAGGUUGAUGUGAGUGAGUGCACUCCUUUCUUCGCUGGAAUUAAAUACUGCACCGCUCUGCAGUACAUUGAUGCUUCCUCUCAAGAGACAACCCCCUACUUCCCCUUCACUGGAGACAGCAAAUUUGCUGUGGAGCUCCACCCUACUGGCGAAGUCACUGAGUACACAGCCAUUGUUGCCUAUGAGCUCCUCAGGGAGGGAGAAGAGGCCUGGCAGAAAGUUGACUCUGUGAAGCUCAUUGUGAGGGCUGAAGGUGCAGAGCCCACUGAGGCCGUAGCAAUGCUGAAGUACAACAGAAGGAGAAAUGUCGUCACAGCUGACUUACAGAUCCCCGACUACGAUGUAGAGGCUGGACUCAGGCUGGGUGUUGUCGAUGGAAACACCAAGGGCAAAGGAACUCAUUCAAUCUCUCUGGACUUUGUAAACAAGAACAUUCCUCAGCUCUCCCUGGUUGGCCGUGCCAAUCUGAAGGCAAUGAAGGAAGCAAUGCUGCAAGUCCAGCUGCUUGUCCCCUCACUCAAUGCUGAUGCCACUGUCACAGCUCACAUGAAGCGUGGUGAAGAAUUGGAGCUGGAGCUUAAGAGUGAAAUCAAAGUAAUGGAUGCCACCGCUGAGCAGAAAAUUGCACUGACAUAUGAUGCCAGCAAGAUUGAAGUUGCAUUCACAUCUGAUGUAAGCACUGAAACCACGGUCUUGCAAAAUGCUGACUUGUUUGAGAAGUAUGGCAACCAGCUGCUUGACGCACAAGUGGGACUGACAGACAUGAGAGUCCGUCACAUCUUAAAGACAUUUAGGGAGGCUGCAAACAGCCAAAUGGAAAAGUAUGGUGCUGACAUCCCUUACAUUCAGAAUUUCAGAGUUCCUGAAAUGCCUAUGAUCUCCCUGCCAGACACAUUGUUCCUGAACACUGAGGCAAAGGCUUCGUACUACUUCAACAAUGAGCACUUCACCAUUGCCAUCCCUCUCCCUCUCGGAGGAAAGUCGACAGAAGAGCUUCAUUUCCCAACGGUCUUAACAACCCCAAGUGUAUCUCUACCCCAGUUGGGUCUUGAGAUUGUCUCCAUGGAGAUUCCAAUCCCAGACCUUGUUGUGCCUGAGAGUCUUACUCUGGUUAUUCCUCUUUUCGGCAAAGCUGAGGUCUCAACUCUGAUGAAAAGCAACCUUUAUGAUGCAGAGGCCUCAUUUUCUGCUGGCAAAGAUGUGGUGGAAACACCAAGCUACUCAGCGAAGUUUGACGUGAAAGGAACUUCCCCAAUUGACGUCCUGUCAAUAAAGAUUGAAGGCUCAGGAAUGUUGAUGACCACUGAUUCCAUUAACGCUCAAUUGAAAAGCUCUUUGGUCCAUAAAUUCAUUGAAGCCAGUGUUAGCAUAACUGAAGACGCAACCUUCGCUGACAAAAUCAAUUUGAAAUCAAGCAGCAAGAUUGAAGCCACAAGUCCAUUUGGGCUCAAUGUUGCACUAGAGCACACAGGCAUGACUGGAUUCAACACUGAGGAAAUCUCUGCUGAUAGCAAGUUUGAUGCAAUGUUCAAGGCUGGACCCAUGUACGGCAAAACCAUCUCCACCCAGUCAUUCACCAUCUUCCCAUUCAGGCAAGAAGCAAAGGUUGAUUCUACUGUCCAGAUUGACUCCACAGUUAUCAAUGCUCAGAACACAAUUGCAGCAUCCCUUGCCAAUGGUGAAUUCUCUCUUGUGUCUAACACCAAUGCCUUUGAAAACCUCUUGACACAUGUUGGUGAGCUCUCCUUCAAAGAAAGCAAGCUGUCAGUGAAAGGUGAUGCCAUUGUCCUUGCUCUCGGCAUGAAGAUCCGCAACCAGGCUGAAGCCUCAGCUGGUGCAAGUGAAGUCGUCAUUAGAAUGGAGACAAAUGCCGACCAGACUGAAAACCGUGUUUACUCUCUGCUGACUGCCACUCUUGAUGUCAAUGGUCUGGUUGUAAACAGCGAUGCCACCUUGAAACUUCUUGAGAAUGAGGCGAUUCACAAGGCUGUUCUGAAGAUGAACAAGGACGGUUUGACCACAAGUGGAACAACCACCCUGCAGAGCCCCCUGUCCCUAGAAAACAGCUUCAAUGCUGAGCUUGAUGCUUCCAGAGCUACUUUAUCUAUUAACAACAAGGCUGCAAUGAGUGAUGUCAAGGUUGACAAUGCAAACACUCUCGUAAUUACUCUCUCUAGCCUAGACUUCACCUCAAAGGCUGAGGCCACAGCAAGCGAGUAUGCCUCUUACACUCAUGAUAUCCUCAUCAACAUGAAACCCUACACCGCUUCUGCAAAUGUUAAUAACAACCUGAGACUUCUGGCUGCCAACUUCAUUAAUGAGGCUCAGCUGCACGCAGAGUUGUACAAGAUGGACCUGACCGGAAGCCUGAAAGCCAUCUAUGGUGAGGAAGAGAUCAAGCACAUCUAUCAGGUGAUGUAUGCUGAUAUAACUGCAAAUGCAAAGUGUAGCACCACUGGAAAACUCUUUGGAACCCACAUGAACCAGAACACCGAGCUGGAAGUUGUUGGUCUUGCUGCCAGGCUCUCCAACGAUGCCCGUUUCAACUCACAGCCAAUGCGCUUUGAUCACACCAUCCGCUGCAGCGUUGUUCCUUUUGAUUUCAACCUUGAUGCUGUCGUUAACGCUGAUGGAGACAUCAACGUAUAUGGAAAGCACAGUGCUCAGCUCUAUGGCAAGUUCCUCCUGAAAGCUCAACCUCUGGCUUUUGCUAGUUCACAUGAUUGCAGAGCAUCAAUAACUCAGGAGCUAGGAAACAAUGUUUCCCUCCAGACUAUAAUUGACAACAACAUGGACACUGUUCUGACACCCCAAGAGCAGAAGACCAGUUUUAGAAUGAAAUCUAAAAUGAAUGAGCAUGUCUUCAAUCAAGACAUGAGUGUGUACAAUACCCCUGAGAGAACUGGAAUUGAGGUCUCUGGCACCAUCCUCACAAACAUCAUCAACACAGAUUCCACAGACAACCAGGAAUUCACUGUCUCUGGCUUCCUCAAGUACGACAAGAACACAGACAGUCACAUCAUUCAGAUCCCUCUUUUUAACAAUCUCCCUGCCUUCUUGGAAAGUAUGAAAGGCUUCAUCGUGUAUGUUGCUGAGACACUGCAUGACUGCAUCAACAACGAGGAGAUAAAGGCUAAACUUGAGGCUCUUCCCCACCAUGUAAGUGACUUUGUUUCCCAAUUGAAUAUUGAAGGCAAGGUAAACCAACUUAAGCAGUAUUUCACUGAUCUUAGCCAAGAAUAUGCAAUUUCCAUGGAUGAUGUGGAGGCUUCUUUAAGUAACCUGAAGGUUACCUUUGAAAAAUGUCUGGCUGAUCUCACUGUUUACAUCAAACACUUUGUUGGUAUGAUGGAAGAACUUCUUAGUGGCAGCCUCCCUGAAACACUUGCUCAGAGUAUCCAGCAACAUCUGAAUGCCUUUAACGAGGAAUAUGACAUCAAGGCUCUGGUUGUGUAUGUGAUUGACACCGUAAGAGAGAUGGUCCAGCAGUUUGACUUGGAAAAACUGAAGGGUAGCAGCAUUGCCUUCCUGCUUGACAUUGAUGCCAAGUAUGAAAUCCAAGCUAAGCUACAGACAAUCAUGUCAGAGAUUAAGCAAAAGGUUGAGACCUUUGACUUGCAGAACUUUGUUGCUGAAUUGAAAGGUUACAUUACAUAUGAAUAUGUGGACUUCAGAGCUCACAUUGAGGAAUUCACUAGUCAGUUUCCCACAGAGAUUCUCAGUGAUAUAACAGAUUAUAUAAGGCAAACGAUUCAGGACUUUGAUAUCAUAGGCAAGAUCAACAAUUUAUAUGCCAAGAUGAGAGAGUUGACUUUAAAGUUCGAGUUAGACAAAAAGGUUCAAGUUGCCUUGGAACAAGCUAUGGAGCUCAUCGAGCAGACCAAAAUUGAGGAAUCCAUCAGAGCUGUAUUCAAGAUGGUUAAGGAUGCAGAUAUACCUUCCAAAUUUAUGCAAAACUUUGAGGAUUCUAUCAACUAUUUAAAAUCAUCUGAGAUUCAGGAUAUAAUUAUCCAGUUAAAAGACUACCUCCUUAUUAUUGAGGAGAACCUGAAGUCAUUCAAUUAUAAUGACUUUGUGGAUUAUGUCAAUCAAAUUAUUGCCAAGUACACAUCUCAUGUGAAUGAUCUGCUCAGGUCUCUUGAAAUCCCCCAGAAGCUUGAGGCAACUAUCGAUUUAGCCAAUUUUGUCUUAUCGUCUCUUAGAGGCUCCGUGGAACAGCUGAGAGAAAUCAAUAUUUCAGAAAGUGUGAAAGCUGCUCAAGAUGUCAUUGACCAGGUUGUUCUUGAUAAUCUGAAGGUAUUUGCAGAAGUUAUAAAACAGAAAAUUUCUAACCUGGAUUUCAAUGCUGAAAUUGCUUCUUAUCUGCAGUUGGCAAGUAAGUGCUAUACUGACCUCCUAAUCUUUGCCACUGAGAUGUUCACCAAUAUGGUUGAGAUCUUUAAGAAGCUGGCACCUGACCAAAAGAUUGUCAGUGAGCUUUUGCAAAUCAUUGAUGGCCUCAUUACAGAACUGAAGAAAGCCCAGCUAAACAUAGAAUCCUUCAGAAUUCCUCUCACUGAUCUUGUCAUGCCUUCCAAGACAUUCACCAUGAGUGAUCUUCACCAGUUUGAAAUCCCAACAGAGCUGAACAUCCCAGAGUUCACAAUCUUGGGGUUGCAUACCAUACAAGCGACAACCAUCUCAAUGAAUGACAUAAAACAGAGGCUCAUUGCCUUGAUCGAUUUCAUUCUGAACUUUGAGAUGACAAUGUUUGAUGUUGAUGCUUUAAUUGGAGACCUGAAUAUGAACUACCUUCCUAGCAUUCCUGAAUAUUCACUCCCUGUGAUCACUUUACCCGAGUUCUCCUUUCCUAUUCUGCCUGUUUUGCCGGCAGACAAACUUAUCAAAACUCUCCAAUUCCCGAAAAGUAAGCUGCCAUUAAUUCCCAGUGACAUCACAAUUCCAGGCUUUGGUAAACUGAGUUAUGAGAUAAAAGUGAAUACCCCCAUCUACUCCAUUAGAAAUGCUGCUGAGGUUCAAACGUCUCUUGACAUAAAUGAGACUCCUCAGCUUACAGGCUUUGUGACUUCCCAAGGUACAUCACUAAGUUUUGAAAUCCUUAACUUCAACCUGGAUUCAACUGCCCGCAUUGUUGCUCCCAAGGACCAUCAGCUGAUUGCUGCUGAGACCCUUAAAUUUACUCAUGCUUUUCUUGCAGUGGACCAUCAUGCAUCUGUAACAUUUUCUGACUUCUCAGCCCAGGCGUCAGCCAAAACCACAGUAAAGGCCACCACAGCACAUUACAAUGCUGAGCUUUUAAACGAAGCUUACUUAGCCACCAAGGGUGGUUUAUCAGCCAGUACUGACACAUCCUAUAAACAUGUUCUCAGCCUCCCUAUCAUCGACCUCACGAGUGAGACAUCUGUUACACAGAAAUGUGAAGUCCGUCAGGAAGGUACAUCAGUGACAAUAACUGUUGGAAACCAGGGUACUACCACCUUGAACUCUCACGGCAACACUCAUAAGAGUGAUCUGCAAGUUACAAUCAAUCCAAGUACGCUCGUGCUCACCUUAAGUAGUGACACAGAUACAUUCCUUCUGAAGAUGAAACAGACCAUGAAUGUUGACUUUCUCAUGUUCAGCUAUUUCAAGUCUGAUUUUCGUUCUGAAGUAGAAGGGUCCACGAUAAAAAACAGCAUUUUGGUUGGAUCAGUAAAUGCCAAUAUUCAUGACAUGAAGCUUGAACUGAAGGUUACACAGACUACAGAUGUGACUGGUUUUGUCAGUGGAUCUUUCAACAAUGUGAUUGAUUUUGUUGUUGGUACCAGGGAGGUUGUGUUUAUCUUUCAGAAUAACGGAAACACGCAGCUCAAUUUAAAUGAUGCUCUUACUGCCAAGAUCGAUCUGCAGAAUGAUUACUCAGCAACCUUCAGGCCUGACAAACAGCAUAUGAACACUGUGGCUCUGGCCCGUCUUAAUCAGCACAAAUUGUUCUGGAACUUCUCUAUGGAGAACAAUGAGAGGGAGUUAGCCAUUCUUACUUCUGUAGAAGGGGAAGCAGACGUUGCUUUUCUGACUAGGCCCAUCAGUAUUCCUGAGAUGGAUAUUCCAUUUGUUGACUUCCAUACCCCAGCGAUUAGCGACCUUGACUUGUAUGAACAAACUGGACUGAAAAACAUUCUAACUACCACUGAGCAGAAAAUUGAUUUCAAUGGCAAGAUUGUUUACCAAAAAAGCCAAGUAGACCCCUUGGUCGAUAUGAUGGGUCUAAUCUACAUUCCCUCAGUGGGUAACUUGAUCACACAGCUGUCCUUCAAGUCUGACAUUAUCAAUCUGAAUGUCAAUUCUGGAUUGUAUGCUGAAGAUGACUUUGUCUUCCGUCUGGGAGCUACCACAGUCUCUGAGUUUGAGGUUCUAAAAGCCAAACUCGAUGGCACCACCAGUCUGACCACCAAGCAAGGACUCAAGUUGGCCAACUCCCUGUCCCUUGAACAUCGUCACAUUGAAGGCACUCAUGACAGCGCCAUCACUGUGAGUACGGAGACUUUUGAAACUGGAGUCUCUGUGGCUACUAUUGCAAAGAUUUCCCUGCCCAUUCUCAAUCUGGAGGCAAACCAAAAUCUGGUUGCAGACACCAAAACCAAAGCAAAUGCUGUCUCCACCUUGAGGGUGAAGGCUGAUUUCAACAUCCCCAUGAUCAAGGCAGUUGGAAAGGCAGAGGUUGACCACAGUCUGAAGCUGGAAGGAGCUUUUGAGUAUAUUUCCAUGGAGUCAUCCACCAGAGCAAACAUGGAUGGAACAGUGCACGAGGAUGUUUUACUUGUGGGAAUCCUUGAUAAUGAGUUCAAUCUGUACCUGAAUGAUGAUGGCCUUCGCUCCACCUCCAAGAUUAUCACUGAUGCCAAACUUAACUAUGGCACAGACAAACUCUUUGGAAUGGAUGUAAAUGAAAAUCUUGCCGUUGAAGCCUCCCUGAGCCGAGUGUAUGCAGUGCUGAAGUAUACUAGCAACAAUGAGGCAGACCUGUUCAGUUUCAACACCAAUGGGAAGCACAUUGCCCAGGCAACCAUUGACUUUGCGCCAGGGUCUUCCUUGAUUGCCGAUAUUGAGAUCGAUAUCUCUCAGCCCAGCAGUCUGGGUGAGCUGACCAUCUUUGAGAAAACUGUUGCUGAAGUAACAGCUGACAAGCAGAAGAUCUCUACCAACACCAAGUUCAUCAGCCCAUUGUACCGCACAAACCUGGCAGCAGAAGUCGAGGGCAAUGCUCCAGUCUUCAAAGUCACCUUUAAGUCCUCUGCCACCUCUGUGAUUGUCUUCUUGGAAUACGACCUGGAUUCUACCAUUACCAUUACCUUUGAAAAUGCUGGCCUAAGUCUGAAUGGAAAGUGUCUUUUCACCCAUACCGACCUGACAGUGAACCUUCAAAAUGUUUUUUCCCAGACAAUGAGUGACUCCCAUUUCAUACUGGAUGUGGACAUUACCAGCGCUGCCUUCACUGAUGUGAACUUGCGCUUGGCUCUUCUCAAAGAUGGAUCCAGUGCCACAAUUUCUAUUCCAUCUACAGGCCUCUUGGGUCUUGUUUUCCAUGGCAGAGUCCCAUCCCAGAUGAACGCCAGGUUUUAUGGUCGCUAUGCCUCUGAACCUGGGAAGGAUGUUGAACUUCUCACCAUCAGAGCUUCAAUCAAGGAUGCUGAAAAAAUGAAUCUCAAGCUGUCCCUCAACAUGGAUGCCCCAAGCAUUAUGCUCAGGGUUUUGCAGGAAAAACUUCCCGCCAUCACUUCUUGUUUGUCUAACUUUGCUGAGAAAUACCAGCUGUUCAGUCAUGCUGCUCAGUUGAAGAAUAAUAUUAUUUUCUACACUGAGGAAGCCCACAACAUUGCAAACCACGCCCCACAUAUGAGCCAGGUGUCUAUUCUCUUUAGGAACACUGUUGCUCAGUACCAGAAGACCAUGCAGAUGUUCUUGGACGCAACCAUCAGGUUCUUGAGAGAGACCCGGGUCCAACUACCUGGUUCGGACAGGGUAACCACUGUCAUCGAAGUGCUCAACAACCUGAAUGACAAAAUUACUUCUAUGCUAGAGAGGACGAUGCACCGUGUUGCUGUUAAUGCAGAAUACGCUUCUGAUGUCAUGAUUGGCAUGGUCAGUAAAAUCCAGGUCACUAUGCCCCUUCGGGAUGUCAUGGCCGGAGCCAAAAUACUUGAGCAGAUGAGGGACAGAAUGAAGAUGAUGUCUAAUCCUAUUCUGGAUCUUUUGAAGCACCCACAGAAUAUCGACAUUGUCCUGGAAAAACUGGGAGACACCCUGAAAGAUGUUGUUGUCAAAGCUCAGGACUUUGUUGACAAUAGCCUAACGUCGGACAGCCUUGAUUCCAUUGCUGUCUACAUUAAUGCUCUCUAUGAGAAAUACGUGACGUUAAUGAAAACUAUCACUGAGUACGCGACCACAUCUGUGAACACUGAGUCUAUAAAAAGCAUGGUUGAUAACUUUCUGGAUAUUUCAAUAUCUGCAGUGAAUCAGUUUAAAUCCACUGUUACUGAUUAUCUUCAGGAUGCUCCUGCUCAGUACAGGAUGUACGUAAAAGUUAAGGGUUCAAGGCUUUCGAUUAAUCUUUGA